CCGUCUAGAGCGAGAAGGACAAGAUCCUGGAAAAUCUCGAAGCAGCGAGCAGAGCACACAGACAAAAGAGAGGGAAUUUUGAUUGUCGCCGCCAAUGGCCGGGAAAGGUGGAGCAACUCCGAGCACGUACUCGCCGUCUCCGACGACCCAGAAGACUAAAUCACUAAGCUUUGGAAACGACGAAGUUCUCCGACCCGAUGACCGUGAAUGGCACCAAUGCAGACCUGCCUUUUUCCAGAUUGGUGUUGUAGCUGCUGCUGCCGGAUCUGCUUAUGCAGAUUUUGGAAGCACCAAGGUCAUUGUUUCUGUAUUUGGGCCAAGAGAGAGUGAGAAGGCAAUGAUGUACAGUGAUAUAGGACGUUUAAAUUGCACUGUCAGCUAUACAACUUUUGCUACCCCAGUUCGCGGACAGGGGUUGGACCACAAAGAGUUUUCUUCAAUGCUUCAUAAAGCUUUGGAGGGUGCAAUAAUAUCGGAAACUUUCCCCAAGACUACUGUGGAUGUUUUUGCAUUGGUGUUGGAAUCUGGGGGCAGUGAUCUUCCUGUAGUGAUAUCAUGUGCUAGCCUUGCCCUAGCAGAUGCAGGGAUAAUGAUGUAUGACCUUGUUACUUCAGUUUCAGUGUCUUGUUUGGGAAAGAACCUUGUCCUUGAUCCUACUUUGGAGGAGGAAAGCCACCAAGAUGGAAGCUUAAUACUUACUUGUAUGCCUUCUCGCGACGAGGUCACUCAACUAACCAUUACUGGGGAAUGGUCUACCCCAAAAAUUAAUGAGGGAGUGAAGAUUUGUACGGAUGCCUGCUCAAAGUUUUCACAGAUCAUGAAGUCAUGCUUGAAAGGACUUGAUUCUGCUUUGGAAGAAGAGGAUAGUAAUGUUGAUUAGUUAUUAUCAUUACUUUAUCUCAUAUGAAUCAAAUUUUGACUAUAUAGGAGAAAGAUUUAACCCUGAGUUAUCUGAGAGCUUUUUGUUAGUGUGGGGCCAGAUUUUUCUUUUAUAUUACUUCAUCUAGUCUUAAAUUUAGUUGUUUUUCUAACUUUGAUUGGCAGUCCAUGGUACAUCACCGCAUAUUGCAGCACUUCCUGAUUUGAUUAGGCCCCUCCUUUUAUAACUGCACAAUGACAUCGUAUAGGAUCCUCUUCUUUGGCCAUCCUUUGUCUUUCUCCCAUAUUACUGUUGUGUACUGAAAUGUUAUUAUCUA